CCGCGGUUGCGGCCGGCGGCGCGCGGCGUCCGGGACUCCGGGUCUCCGGCGCGCGCUCCCGCCGCCCCUCCCCCCGCGUCGCGCAACUUGCGGCCAAAGUUUCCCCCCCUGGAGGCGGGGGCGCGCGCGCGCGCUCGGAUGGCGAGCCACUAAGUUGGCCUGGGCGGCGGGGCCGGGCCAUGGCCCGCGCGUCCCCACCGGGUCCCCAGGACUCCGGACCACGGGGCCCGGGCGCCCCAGACUCGCGCCUCUAGCGCGCCCCCGCCGGCCGCGGGCACGCGUGGGAAAGUUGGCCUGGAACCGGCCCGACCAGUUCCUGCCGGGCGCGCGGACCGGCCGCAGGAAGUUGCAGCAAAACUUUUUUUCGGGGGGUGCGACCGGAGCCCCCCAAGCGCGCGGGCUGCAUGCGCGCAGGGUAGCCGGGUCCGCCUCGGGUCGCCAGGCGUGCCCAGAGGGGACGGGCUCGCCUCGGGGCGCCCCAGCCCCGCCGUCCCGGGGGCUAUGGCCAUGGUGACCGGUGGCUGGGGCGGCCCCGGAGGCGACACGAACGGCGUGGACAAGGCCGGUGGAAGCUACCCACGCGCGACCGAGGACGACUCGGCGUCGCCUCCGGGGGCGGCCAGCGACGCGGAGCCGGGUGACGAGGAGCGCCCGGGGCUGCAGGUGGACUGCGUGGUGUGCGGGGACAAGUCCAGCGGCAAGCACUACGGCGUGUUCACCUGCGAGGGCUGCAAGAGUUUCUUCAAGCGCAGCAUCCGCCGCAACCUCAGCUACACCUGCCGGUCCAACCGCGAGUGUCAGAUUGACCAGCAUCACCGGAACCAGUGUCAAUAUUGCCGCCUCAAGAAGUGCUUCCGGGUGGGCAUGCGUAAGGAGGCCGUGCAGCGCGGCCGGAUCCCACACGCGCUCCCAGGCCCCGCGGCCUGCAGCCCCCCGGGCGCGGCGGGCGUGGAGCAGUUCGCGGGGCCGCCGGUGUCCGAGCUGAUCGCGCAGCUGCUGCGUGCCGAGCCCUACCCCGCGGCCGGGCGCUUCGGCGGCGGCGGCGCCGUGCUGGGCAUCGACAACGUGUGCGAGCUGGCGGCGCGCCUGCUGUUCAGCACGGUCGAGUGGGCCCGCCACGCGCCCUUCUUCCCCGAGCUGCCGGCCGCCGACCAGGUGGCGCUGCUGCGGCUCAGCUGGAGCGAGCUGUUCGUGCUGAACGCGGCGCAGGCAGCGCUGCCGCUGCACACGGCGCCGCUGCUGGCCGCCGCGGGGCUGCACGCCGCGCCCAUGGCCGCCGAGCGCGCCGUGGCCUUCAUGGACCAGGUGCGCGCCUUCCAGGAGCAGGUGGACAAGCUGGGCCGCCUGCAGGUGGACGCCGCCGAGUACGGCUGCCUCAAGGCCAUCGCGCUCUUCACGCCUGAUGCCUGUGGCCUUUCUGACCCAGCCCAUGUGGAGAGCCUGCAGGAGAAGGCACAGGUGGCCCUCACCGAGUACGUGCGUGCCCAGUACCCGUCACAGCCCCAGCGCUUUGGGCGCCUGCUGCUGAGGCUGCCGGCCCUGCGCGCUGUACCCGCGUCCCUCAUCUCGCAGCUCUUCUUCAUGCGCCUGGUGGGCAAGACACCCAUUGAGACGCUCAUCCGGGACAUGCUGCUGUCAGGGAGCACCUUCAACUGGCCCUAUGGCUCAGGCUAGUGAUGGACCGCUUCCAGGACACAUGGAUCUGGGGAUCAGGUCCCCAGCUUCUCUCCUG